UCGCAUCAAAUUCUUGCAAAGUGACAUAAUCAAAGCAUUAAUUACCAUUUGUAUUUCAGGUGCAGACAAUACGUCAACAAACGUCUCUACAAUGACCGACGCAAGCGAGAAGCCGUCGACAGAGUUGGAUACCUUCCUUCCUCAAGAUGGAUCUCAUUUCAAGGACGGCGUCCUGUCCGCUAAAUAUAAAGUACAAGUUACCCCACGCGAUCCCGAAGCCGCACUGGGCGAUGAGAAGAGUUUCGAUCCCUUUGCGGAACGUAAAAUCGACAAUCCGACAACGGAUUGCGAUACAUUGACACAUUUGUUAAAAGCCUCUCUCGGCACUGGAAUACUGGCUAUGCCCAUUGCUUUCAAAAGCGCCGGAUUACUCGUGGGUAUCUUUGCCACGAUACUCGUCGCAUUCGUGUGCACGCAUUGCGCAUAUAUUCUGGUCAAAUGUGCGCAUGUGCUUUAUUACAAAACUCGAAAAACGGAAAUGGGAUUUGCUGAGGUUGCCGAGGUAGCUUUCAGUACCGGACCCGAAUGGGCGAGAAAGUUUGCCAAGCCUUCCAGGUUAUUGCUUUGUUUGUCGAAUACCUUUAGCAACCUUUUCUUGUUACUAAAUAAUUUUUUUUUUUUUCGUAACAGAUAUCUCAUACAGAUCGGUUUGUUUACCACAUAUUUCGGCACCUGCAGCGUGUACGCAGUAAUCGUGGCCGCUAACAUUCAGCAGAUCAUCGAGCAUUAUCAAGAGGUUGAUUACAACAUCCGAUUAAUCACCGCUUACUUGUUGGUGCCGUUGAUUCUCCUAAGCUGGAUACCCGAUUUGAAGUAUCUCGCGCCAGUUUCAAUGGUAGCGAACAUCUUUAUGGGAACAGGACUGGGAAUAACAUUUUACUACCUCGUUUGGGAUUUGCCAUCAUUGUCUUCAGUGCCUUUAGUGGCUACAAUCGAAACCUUCCCGCAGUUCUUCAGCAUCACUGUCUUCGCUAUGGAGGCAAUUGGCGUGGUGAUGCCUCUGGAGAACAGCAUGAAGAUGCCGCAACACUUUGUAGGACUCUGUGGAGUUCUCAACAAGGGAAUGUCCGGCGUUACUCUUGUAUAUAUUUUCCUUGGAUUUCUCGGAUAUGCUAAGUAUCAGGACGCAACGGAGGGUAGCAUCACUCUCAAUCUGCCGACGGAAGAAAUAGCGGCGCAAGUUGUGAAAAUACUAAUCGCUCUAGCUGUCUUCUGCACCUUUGGUUUGCAAUUUUAUGUGUGUCUCGAUAUCGGAUGGAACUCUAUAAAGCAACAUUUCGAGAAGAAACCUCUUUUAGCCAACUAUAUCAUGAGGACGGUGCUAGUAACAGGCGCAGUUCUCCUUGCCGUGGCAGUGCCAACAAUCGAACCGUUCAUCAGUCUAAUUGGUGCAUUUUGUUUCUCCAUUUUGGGCCUUCUCAUUCCGGUCUUUAUUGAGACUGUAACUUACUGGGAUGUCGGCUUUGGACCGGGAAACUGGGUAGCCUUGAAAAAUGUAAUUAUAUGCGUGAUAGGCGUGAUGGCGUUAGUGUUUGGAUCACGCAGUGCUAUAAUGGAUAUAGUGAAAUUGUACGCUUGAUAGACAAAAUUUUUUUAUCUAGUGCAAAUAUUUCAAUAGAAAUACGAUAAAUUUUUCUAUCACAUCUCCAUGGCUAAUGGUAUUUUAGAACGAAGUAAGCAUAUUGGACUCGUAGGCAGAUGUCAUUGAUUUCUGGAUAGGACCGAUGUAUUUUUAUUGUACAUAUUAACUCAGAUUUUCUUGAUAUUUUAGAAUCUUCUAAAAGUAUCAAUUUUUUUAAUUAUGUUGAUCAUAUAAUAGGACCUUUAUUUAAAAAAUUAUACUCUUUAGUCUAUGAAUUUAUUCUUAUGUAAACAAAAACAUAUCAAAAAAUUAUUAAUAUUUUAAAAUAACGUAUGGCUAUAUUUUAUAGAACAGAAAUUUAAAAAAGCAAAUGUAGAUUUAAGAGCAAUGGCAGUAUUCAUUUAACAGAAAAAAUGCAAAAUAAUGAAUGAUCGUGAAUUAUCGCCAUCGUAAUGUGCGAAUGUAUUCUUAAGAAUGCGUGAAGUUCCUGUAGGAAAUAAUUUCUAUAUUAUCGGAAUGUUAUAUUUAAUUUUACAUGAAAAUUCUGCAUUUAUGAGAUUGUAAUUAAAGAAGUUUUAAGUCUAUCAAUCUAUUAAAAUGACUUUCACAAUCUUAGUUUGCAGAAAAAAGAUAUUUUUAUAAAAUGUCAAGCAUAUUUUCAUUAAAUUCGCUCAAAUAUGCAAUGUAAUACUAUUUAUAUUUUAUAUUUACAGUUUAUAUUUUAUUACUUUAUAUACAAAAAUCGUAUAUAAAAAUAGCAAAAUAUUUAAUUAAAAAAUGUGAUUGAAGGAUUUAGAACUGUAUUUCAACGAAAAAUGCAGAGUUUGCUGGAUAUGUUAUCUGUAUGGGAAAAAAAUAUUGCUCAAACAAAGUGUCUUGCAAUUUUCCUGCGUUGCAUUUAAAAUUAACAUCAGAAUGUGUAUAUCUUUCAGAACUAAUAUACAUAAGAAACAUCUGUAUACUGUUCCAUCUCUUUUUUUUACAAGCAAAUAAAUGUACAGAUAUAAAUAAAAAUUAA